GGCAGUUUCGCUGCUGCUGCUUCCCGCCGCACUCGCCGCCCGCCGCUCGCCAGACUCACCGACACUUCCCGCCCAAGCAAGAAGCGUAGCGUAGCGUGAUCAGAGUGUGAUCUUUCUUCACUCGGCCGUUUUUCUCGUUACGGAGUGUUGUAACCCAUCUUCCAUCUCCUGUUCAAAAUGUCGGGUGAAGACGAAAAGGCCCAAGUUGAGUCGCCUGAGGCUGAGGCUAGCAAUGGAGACUCAAAGUCAGAGCCACAAGCUGAUGAUCAGAACGACAAAGUUGCCAAUGGGGGUGAGAAAGAUGGCAAGAAAGCUACCAAGAGGAAGGCGGCUUCGAACAAGAAAGUGAAAGAAGACAGUGAAGCUGAUGAUGAAGAUGAGGCAAAGGACUUAAAAAAGAAGAAAGCGCCCCUGCCCAAGAAGUCCCCUUCUAAAAAGCCCAAGAAAAAGGAGUUGAGUGAUGAUGAAGGUGAAGAAGAGAAAGAGGAGAUUCCACCCAAAAAAGCUGUGAAGAAACCAGCCUCUCCUAAAAAGGAAAGCAAAGAAGUUAGUAAAGCUGAGGAGGAAGAUGAUGAGGAAGAGGAAGAAGAACAAUCUGAAAAGGGUGUUCCUCUUCUUGAUCAGCCACUUGAGGUCAGUGGUUCUCGUGAGCGGAAGAAAGUUGCUCGCUUUGAAUAUAGCAGUACUGAGAAAGAAGAUAAGAAGCCUUUCUCUGUUCCUGAAGGGAAAGGAACUAAGUUAGGGGAGAUUCCAAUUAUUGAGAAUGCCAUAUCUAAAUUUAGGGCUGAAAAUAUGAAAACUGUUUCCAAAGCCCUGUUUGGCUCUCGAGGCCCUCUUAAAACCGUUAUGAAGAAGACAAUCCGAAGCUUCAACGGUUAUGACUUUGAUGAGGGCUCGGACCAGUGGGAGAAAAGGAAAAUUUUACUUUCCAAGGUGGGCAUAAAACAGCUGAAGGUCACAUGUGAAAUAUUGGGUCUAGAGAGAUCCGGGACAGUUGCUGGUCUGACAGACAAGAUCAUGCAGUUCUGCCUUAAUCCAACUGAUUCCGGUAAAAAACCACCUCAGCCAAAGAGUAAGCGGAAAUCCAAGGGAGGUUCGCACAAGAAAAAGGCAGAUUCUGACAGUGAUGCAAAGCCAACAAGGGCAUCGAAGAGGAGCAGCAAGGGGAAAAAAGUGAGUUUAAAAGAUGUUUCUGAAUCAGAUUCUGAUGAAGAUGUCAAGGAAGAUGUCAAAAAAGAAUCAAAGUCCAAAAAGGCUCGAGUAGAGUCCUCGGACGAUGAGGGAGUUAAAGACGAAAGUGAAAAGGAAGAAAGUGAUAAGGAUGAGAAAGAUGGAAGUGAAAAGGAUGACAAAGAACUAGACAAGGAAGCAGAGGAGUCAAACGAUGUGACUGAUGAAGAAAAGGAGGAAAAAAAGUCCAAAAAGGGAAAGAAGCCCGCUUCUAAAGUAGCACCAGUCAAACAAGCCAAGAAAGCACCACCUAAAAAGGCACCAGCAAAGAAGGCGGUCUCUGAAAGCGAAGAUGGAGCUUCUGAAGAUGAUGAACCACUUGUAAAGAUUGCAAAACCAUCACCACCUACGGAUGAAGAAAUAAAAUCUUACGUUAAGAAGAUUUUGGAGGGAGCAAAUCUGGAAGAGAUUACCAUGAAGACAGUUUGCAAACAAGUUUAUGAAAACUAUCCUGAACAUGACUUAGCUCACAAGAAAGAUCUCAUAAAAGAGACAGUCAAAUCACUUAUCUCUCCUUGAUGUCUGAAGAGGACGUAUAAAUUAAUGGUUUAUCUCUUCCAUUUUUUAACAUUGUUUUUACUUUAUAAGUUUUAGUGAAUUUUAGCUUGAUUCUUGGACCCUUGUACAUAAUGAAUUUACUGGUUUAUCUGGUGUUUGGCUCUAAUUGCCUGACACUGUAGUUACGACUGAUUAUGUACUUCUGAUUGCUUUACUCUCUUUUAGUCACCCUGUAUCAUUUACAAUUUAAAUUUUAAAUGUCUAUGAACCACUACCCAUGUUGUGGUAGGAAUUUUAAGAUUAAGUAUCCUCCAUUGUAUAUAAUUAACACUUUUCUUUUCAAAAAUUGACUCAAGGUAUAAGUAUUAGAAUUCUUGUCAAUGUUUUAUGGAAUGAUGUAACAAAUGAAUAACAAACUUGUACCAUUGUAAAUUUUAAUGCAAUAUAUAAAGUACCAUAUUUA